GCGUUGCGUGCGCUCGUCACUAGUUAUCGAGCAGUAGAAAAAUCGGCGCCCAAGGAUUAGCUGAUUGAAGUCGGACUUAGCAAAAAUUUAAAAUUUAAAAAAAAAAUUACAUAUACAGAGAGGAGCAGAAACAAUAAGAAACUACAAAAAUGUCUACGCGAAGUUCGCUGACAAAAAAAACGUCGACCAAAAAUGCCAGCUCGGACAAAUCGACAAAGUCCUCCGCAACAAAAGCCGCCGUCUCCUCAGCGUCUACGCCAGCGUCGACGUCAGCCGCGACGACGUCAUCGACGGCGCCAUCAACAGGCGGCAGCAAACAAAAAAUGCAAUACACAAAGACCAGGGAGCGCAUUGUCGACGAUGUGCCCCUGCCACCCACACACAAGCUCACCAUGUCCGAGGUUUACGACGAUCCCAAGACAGGUAAGCCCAACUUUGAUGUGCUCCGUCAGCACUUCCUGCUGGAAGGACGCGUCGAGGAGAGUGUGGCCAUGCGGAUCAUUAACGAUGGCGCCGCAUUGCUGCGUGAGGAGAAGAACAUGAUCGAUGUGGAGGCACCAAUAACUGUCUGUGGCGACAUACACGGCCAGUUCUUCGAUCUGGUCAAGCUCUUCGAGGUGGGUGGACCACCGGCUACGACGCGUUAUCUCUUUCUGGGCGACUAUGUGGACAGAGGAUACUUCAGCAUAGAGUGCGUACUCUUUUUGUGGUCUCUGAAGAUAACCUACCCCACCACAUUGUUUCUGUUGCGUGGAAAUCACGAGUGCCGCCAUUUGACGGAGUACUUUAGCUUCAAGCAGGAGUGCAUCAUUAAAUAUUCGGAAAGUAUUUACGAUGCCUGCAUGGAAGCAUUUGACUGUCUGCCCCUGGCCGCGCUGCUUAACCAACAAUUUUUGUGCAUACACGGCGGCCUGUCGCCAGAAAUUUUCACACUCGAAGACAUCAAAUCGCUGAAUCGUUUCAGAGAGCCACCCGCCUACGGUCCCAUGUGCGAUCUGCUGUGGUCCGAUCCCUUUGAGGACUUUGGCAAUGAGAAGACCAGUGAGUUCUUUUCGAACAAUUCAGUGCGCGGCUGUUCUUAUUUCUUCAGUUACUCCGCCUGCUGCGAGUUCUUGCAACAGAACAAUCUAUUGUCCAUAGUACGUGCACAUGAAGCUCAAGACGCGGGUUAUCGCAUGUACCGUAAGAAUCAGGUGACGGGCUUCCCAUCGCUAAUCACCAUAUUCUCGGCGCCUAACUAUUUGGAUGUUUACAACAACAAGGCAGCUGUGCUCAAGUACGAGAACAACGUGAUGAACAUACGACAAUUCAACUGCUCACCGCAUCCCUACUGGCUGCCAAAUUUCAUGGACGUCUUCACGUGGUCAUUGCCAUUUGUUGGCGAGAAGGUGACCGAAAUGUUGGUCAACAUACUAAACAUCUGUUCGGAUGAUGAACUGGUGGCAGGGCCGGAUGAUGAGCUCGAGGAAGAGCUGCGCAAGAAAAUUGUACUCGUGCCGGCAAACAACAACAACAAUAACAAUAAUACGCCCAGUAAGACAGGCAUGUCGGCGGCUCGCAAGGAGAUUAUACGCAACAAGAUACGUGCCAUUGGAAAAAUGUCGCGGGUUUUUUCGAUUUUAAGGGAAGAAUCAGAGAGCGUGUUGCAACUUAAGGGUCUAACGCCUACGGGUGCUCUGCCUGUGGGUGCGCUAUCUGGUGGUCGGGACUCGCUUAAGGAGGCACUGCAAGGUCUGACGGCUGGCUCACAUAUUCACUCGUUUGCCGAGGCCAAGGGCUUGGAUGCAGUCAAUGAGCGGAUGCCGCCACGUCGUUCCCUGAUAUUGAGCGCCAGCAGUAGCAGCAUCUGCAGUAGCAGUACCACCACCACCAACAACAACAACAACAGCACAACGAAAAAUAACAAUAAUAAGAAUGAAGUUACCGUCACUAGCAAGACGACAGUCAAGUCGGCAACGACCAGCAAUGUCCGCACAGGCUACAUGAGCAAGAAGUUUUCAUAGUCGCCACUUUUUGGCAGUCUCUCUCCUUAUUUUUAUAAACAAUAUUUAUUGACUAUCAUAAUAUUUGAUAUAUCUUUUGUUAGUUGAAAUUUUAUACACAAAUGUUUUUAAAUUCUAGUGAAAAUUGAAUUUAUUUGCAAUCUGUCUAAGUUUUUACCCACCACCUUAACUUAUGUUAUGCCCCCAAAUUAUGUUCAAUAUAAAUCUAGAUCAUAAUUUUACAUGACAAUAUGAACAAUUUUUUAAUA